AUUACUAAAGUCUUAGUUCAUGAACGGAGAAGAUUUCAGAAGCAAAUUAAGGGAAUUCCAUUUAAGAAGUAAAGAGUAAAGUUCACAGGAGUCUAGAGUAAUUUUGGAGGAUGAAAAAAAGAUGAACAAUGCUUGUUGCGUAAAACUUUAUUUAGAGGAUCACACUAUAGGUAUGAUUUAAAUUAGAUGUGUCUUUUAGGUAAUUUGACUCGAAUGAACCUAUUAAAGUAAAAGGAAGUGACAUUUUCUGGAUAUAGACAGAUUCAUCCACUUUAACACACUAUUGAAAUUAAAGUUCAGACAAAUGGAUCCAUAAAACCAUAUGAUGCCCUAUAAAAAACACUUUAAGAUUUGAGCGAUGAAUUCAAAAAUUUAGAAGAAGAAUGGGCACGAAAAGUUGCUGAAAAAGAGAAACAUUAAAUGAAAUUAGAAAUAUGAAUAAUAUUAUAA